GUAUCUCCUCGAAAAGUAUAGUGAAACUGGCUCUUUCCUGCCCGUGGACUAGCUAACACACAUUGUGUUAGUGACCCACGUAAAUCGUGUAUGUGUGUGCUUUCGUUUCUUGCAUUGUUGAAUCCUCCUAUUUCCCAAUCCGCAGAGCAACAGUUGUGACAAGUGGUAUCAGAGCCUGGUUGAAUAUCAAGCAAGGGUUUUGAUUAUGAAGAAUGAUGUCGGUAAACAUGAUUAUCGAUAAGUUCACGGGGAAGAACAACUUUGCUAUAUGGCAUAUCAAAAUGCAGGCUUUAUUGAAACAACAAGGGUUGUGGGGGCCGGUGUCUGCGAAGCAGAAGAAGGCAGCGGUCGAUGACUAUGAGUGGAAUACCCUGGAGGAGAAGGCUCACUCGACUAUCAUGCUAUCGUUGUUUGAUGACGUCAUCAUUGAAGUCACUACUGAGAAGACUGUCCCGGGCUUGUGGUUGAAACUGGAGAGUCUAUACAUAACUAAGUCUCUAACCAACAAGCUGCAUCUCAAGCAACGGUUGUUCAGCUUGAGGAUGCAAGAAGGUACGCCUUUGAGUGAACAUUUGGAGCAACUUUAUUCUAUUUUGUUAGAUUUACGCAAUAUAGAUGUGAAAGUUGAUGAUAAAGAUGCUGCCCUAUGCCUGCUUGUGUCUUUGCCGAGUUCAUAUGAUAACUUCAUAUAUUCUUUUAUUGCUGGUAAAGAUAGCUUGUUGUUGAAAGAUGUUCGAUAUGCUCUUCAUACGAGAGAGAUCAUACAUAAGACGUCUGGAUCUAGUACAGGUGGUGAAGCAUCGGGGUUGGCUGUUACAGGUGGAAAGGGAAAGAAACUUAUUUUAAUUUCUUUUUUCAUUUGACAAUCCCAAUUUAAGAUAACAAACUUAUUUUAUUAGGUAAGAUUUAUUAAGGGUUAUAGGUAUAAUAUGCCCCUCUACUAUUUUUUACUUCAAACAUGCCCUUGUACUUUGAAAAAAUUAUCAAACUUGCCUUUUUGUUAAAAUUUCCAUUGAUAAAAUCGUCAAUCAUGGUUGAACCGAGAUUUAGACGACCCGACAUCGGCAAAUGGGAGUGAAAAUGUCAAUUUUGUCUCCCGCUUUAUUUCUCUGGGUCUCUUCAAAGUGAAAUUAUUUGAAUUAUUUGGCUAUACAAAAGAACAAGAAAAAAAUUCUAAAGUGAAAUUAUUAGGGAUAUUUUAGACAUUUGUGCCGCCCAAACCAAAGUUCGACCUUGGUUAACGGUAUUGGGAUGAAAAUUUAAACAAAAUGGCAUGUUUGAUCAUUUUUACAAGGUACAGGGGCAUGUUUGAUGUAAAAAAUAGUAUAAGGGCAUAUUUAAUAAAACGUCAUAAUAGAGGGGCAUAUUAUACCUAUAACCCAUUUAUUAACUUUUGAUAGAUUGAUUAUCUAAAUUCUGGAAGCUUAAUGGGAAAACAAAGUAACAUAUACAUGGCGAGUUCUACAGUACCCUGGGUAAAAUCCGAGGUACCGCAUACCUUGAGUAUGAAAACACUAUCUAGACCUUGAAUUGACCGAUCUUUCGGAUAUGAUACUAUACUCUAACACUUAAAGAUCAAAAUCUAGGUGUUAACUCUCCCAAUCUUAUACUCCAAGAUCAAUUUUUAAUUAGAAACAAUAAUCGACGGUUAUGAUUCAUCCAAAUAUAGGCACAGAAAGGAAUGCACCAUCUUAGGGUUUAUAGAUUAUGAUUUAGAUAAUUAUGACCUACGGUUCACUCAUUAAGGGUUAGGGUAUAAUUUUAGACACAAAAAUCCUGGUAAUUCAAGGUCUAGAUAGAGUUUCCAUACUCGAGGUAUGCGGUACCCUGGAUUUCACCCGGGGUACCAUAGAAGCCACCCAUAUACAUAUAUGGAUAUAAACAUGUCACAAUUGCAUUCCGAAAGCAUAAUUACUUGUGAAUUAGUUUCAUGUAGUUUUAUUAAACUUUACACAUUUUA